AUGCGAUCGGACUAUUUGAGAAAGAUGAUAUUCUCAAGCCUGUUGAUAAGGGGCAAGAAGCAGUAUGCCAACUACAAAGCCACGUCAUAUCGCUACGACGACAUUGAUUGCGUGGCGUGGAUGUGUGUCAACGGCCACUUUGCACUGUUGGCCGACAAGUUGAGCAACAACCGUCCACUCUCAUUCAACAGACGCGCCGUCAAACAUCUCUGCAAGCGCAGUGGCUGCUUCCAGCUGUUUGUCACGGUGGCACAGCGCUACUUCAACAUCCUGGCCGACACACCUGACACCUUUGACUACCUGUGUGCGAGUGGACGUCUACACUUCUUGAUCUACUUUCGACAGAUGCUCAAGGAGCGCAAUCAUUCGCUGCGCUGCUCGUCAAAGGCGGUACGCAAGGCCGCCACCAACGGACAUCUCGACUUGCUCGAGUAUCUUCACAAGCACAACAUUGGCAAAUGGACGUUCGAGGCCAAGGACGCGGCGGCGCUCUCUGGCAACCUGGGGGUGGUGCGUCUGUUCCACGAGCGGCGACGCGAGCGCUACACCAAGCAGACGUUCCUCAACGCAUGCACGGCGGGCCAGGUCGACGUCAUGACCUACCUCCUCAAGCGAUGUCAGAAGAACAUGGUCGACUUCUACUAUCAAGAGUUUGUGGCCACUGUAAAGGGCGGCCACGUCGAGGCCCUGCGUCUACUCAUGACUCUCAAGCCCAAGGUGUUCACCCUGCUCAAGCAGGACCUGAUGCAGAUCGCCUCGGGCAGUGGUCACGUGGGCGUGCUCGAGCUCAUACUUGAGGACGACGCCAAUCAAUGCACGUGCACCUCGCUUGUGACGGCAACAAAGGCGGGCCAAUGGCACGUCGUGGACUUUUUGAUCCCCCGACGCUGUGUCUGUUUCUCCACACACGCGUUCAUCGACGACGCCGCAGCCCAGGGCCGACUGGACUAUGUCAAGCAGUUCAACACCAUGCCGCAGUACUCUUAUGUGUACCGUGCGAUGGAGCUGGCCGCACAGAACAAUCAUGAGGAUGUCAUUCGCUUCCUGGCACUCAAUCGCACGGAGCCCUACAACUCCAUCGUCCUGGCACACAUUGCUGCGAGAGGAACAGUGUCACUGAUGGAGUUUAUGUCGAAGCAUUCCCGCGCUCCCUUCACCUUCUCCGAACUCAACCAUGCCGCAUCGGCUGGUAACCUACCAAAUGUAAUAUAUCUUUGUAACAACAGAACAGAAGGCUGCAGCAUCAUGGCAAUGACAAUGGCAGCCUCCAACGGACACCUGGACGUUGUCGAAUAUCUUCACAAGAACCGAACCGAGGGCACCUCUGUCAUGGGACUCAAUCUGGCUGCUUCCCACGGUCAUCUCGACGUCGUCAAGUUCCUUCACUACAACAGAACCGAAGGAUGUGGUACAUAUGCCAUGGACAAUGCUUCACUCAAUGGAUACGUCGAAAUUGUCAAGUUCCUUCACUAUAAUAGAACAGAGGGAUGUACAACGAAUGCAAUGAACAUGGCUAGUGUGGAGGGACAUCUCGAGGUUGUGUCAUUCCUACAUCUAAAUCGAACGGAGGGCGCGACAAAGGUGGCAAUGAACGCAGCUGCGAUCAAUGGACAUAGACGCGUGGUCGAGUUUCUACAUAACAACAGGACAGAGGGCUUUGGCUCGAGAACAUUCCGAAGUGUUCUACUCAAGUGUCGAAUAUCAGUGGCCGAGUACUUGUUGGACAAUGGUAUCGUCACGUCGGAUGAACCCAUCGAUCAUCAGGACAUCAAGACACUCAAGGCCAUGAACGAUCCGUCCACACUCCUAUUUCUCAAACAUCGUUUCCCCUCGCACUACAAGAGACUGAGGAGGUCAAAGGUCAUGCAGGUGAUACUUGGAAAGUAG